AUGGCCCCUAGCACAUCUCGUAUUCUCCUGCCGCAGCCAGUAUCGGCGACAGAGCCACCGCUAGGAGAAAGUGGCAUGCUGCUAAUCUGGUGCCCAUACUGCGGCAUGGGGAGGAUACUCGAGCUGAUCUCAAAAAUAGAUGAGCACCCAAAUGAAAGGUUCUUCAAAUGCCCGAGGAAGUACGUAAAGUUCCCUCUUUGUGAUUUCUACAUGUUCGAAGAAGAAUAUGCCAACUUUCUUAUUAAUUAUGGGAUGCUUCAAGAGUCUGAGAUGUGUCAUUACCAUCCAUUGGAGACGGCACAUACUGUGAAAGGGGCUGUGCAAGCUGAGAUUUAUGAAUAUGUUAAACCACUGAAGAAAGAAUCUGUUGGGGUGUAUGAGCAUGGGAGGACUACAGGUUCAGCAAGGUUCAAUUCUGCCAUUCUUCUUGUGUUGGUUCUGAUGCAAAUGUUCAAGUGA